CUGCCUUCAAUAAUUGAGGACAUGUAUUUCCAUUGUUAGAGCGGUCCCUCGGCUAUCUUGUAGGCUAAAUAGAACAUAUCAUCUUUGGGAACAAUGAAAGAGCUGUCUGGUAGUGCCACAGAGAGAUUGAGAUUGUGAACAGUUGUGAAAGGGAUAGUAAAAAACGAACCACAUAUUCCCUUGCUUGGAGUAACAGACAAUACCAGCCUGACGCAUCGAGGAGAAAUUGAGACACAGUGAAUAGGUGCAGAUAGAGAGUCGGGUCAUUUUCCACGCAGGUUGAAAAGUAUGCUGCAAAUGAAUGAAUUUCAUGUGGUGCUGAAUUGGGUCAUGCAGACCACAAGAAAAGCGAAAGACACACACACCCGCCUCCCGUUGCCUUGCAGGUUGAGCGGUGUGCGCUUUCCAUAGAGGAACGGAGCAUCUUGCCAUCCAUUACCAAUUCUCCAGUGGCACCGAAUAAUCAAAAACAGAAGAGUGCCUUUAAGCACGGAACCAAUCAGAGAAUUACCAACACAGACGAGAAAACGAGACACAAACCCGGACCGCAAUUCAGUUCACAGUCUAGGCUAUACUUUUUUUCAGAUGAAAUAACACAGCGUAAUUGUGCUUUUAUUAUAAACAGUCAUAUUAUUGACUCAUUCGUUAAUGUUGAAAUAUGAUUCAUUUAAUUUAAAUCAGAAUAGAUCUAAAACAGGAGAUAUCGUCGACCAGACCCCAGUGAAUCAACCGGUCAAUUGAAGAGUGCAGGUGCUCCUUGCACCGCGCGAAUGCAGGACCACGGAGGAGAGAGACAGGUCGCCAGCAGUUUGCCCCACAGCGUCAAGGUGAGCCUGUCUCUGUUGGGGCCAGGCCGGGUGGGUGGUGGAGGCUCUCCCAACUCCAAGGUGGGCACCUGCAGUGGUGGAGGAGUGCCUGUGGAGGACAUGCAGGCCCUGGCCAUUACCUCUCUGCCGGGUGCAGACGUGGCAAAACACUAUGAGCACAUCCGCGAGCUGGGCAAGGGCACCUAUGGCAAGGUGGACCUUGUGGCACACCGCACACAGGGCACCAAAAUGGCUCUGAAGUUUGUGACCAAGAGCAAGACGAAGCUGAAGAGCUUCCUAAGGGAGUACAGCCUGACGGGAACACUGAGCUGCAGCCCAUUUAUCAUCAAAGUCCUGGACAUACUCUUCGAGACCGAGGAUAGCUACGUCUUUGGACAGGAGUAUGCCCCCGCUGGAGACCUGUUCGACAUCAUUCCUCCCCAGGUGGGUCUUCCGGAGGAGAUGGUGAAGCGCUGUAUGCAGCAGCUGGGUCUGGCUCUGGACUUCAUGCACAGCAAGAACCUGGUUCACCGUGACGUCAAGCCCGAAAACGUGCUCCUCUUCGACCGUGAGUGCCGGCGCGUCAAGCUGGCUGACUUCGGCAUGACGCGGAGAGUGGGCUGCCGGGUGAAGCGUGUGAGUGGCACCAUCCCGUACACGGCGCCGGAGGUGUGCCGCGCCAGUCGUGCCGAAGGCUUCCUGGUGACCACCAGUCUGGACAUCUGGGCGUUCGGAGUGCUUGUCUUCUGCAUGCUGACUGGUAACUUCCCCUGGGAGGCAGCGCUGCCUACUGACGCAUUCUAUGAGGAGUUCCGGCGCUGGCAUCGUGCGGGGUGUCCCACGGCGGCCUACCCAUCCCAGUGGCGCCGCUUCACUGACGACGCCCUGCGCAUGUUCCAACGGCUGCUAGCUGCCGAACCUGAGAAGCGAUGCAGCGUGAAGGACGUCUUCUGCUUUGUCAAGUAUGAGCUGGUCAGCGAAUUCCGACGCCGUGCCUCCUGCCGAGCCAAGCGAGGCGAGAGGUCCAGUUCAUCUGGUGUAUGCCCUGCAGGCUGCACCUCCUCUUUGUCCUCCUCCUCAUUGCGCUCCCACAGACACCCAGAGCCCUCCACUCCCCCAGGAACGACCUCACUCUUGCGCCCAGCGCCCCUGAAGAGGAGCGUCCUCUCUGACCCCCAGUCCCCUCAGGAGGAGUCUCCUGGCCAGCACCACUCUUCUCUGGGUCGAGAGAAGACCAAGGUGAUGGCUACUGCCAUAGAGAUCUGUGUCUGACAGAGACUGGAUGAGCAGCGGUAUCUGUGGGCGUUGCCAUGGCGAUAGGAACCUGCGCAAGGUACUUGUAACGGCCAUUUUGACUGGAGUUGAAGGUUGACUCUGCUGAGAAGAAGCCCAAUAUCGAAUUAUUGACUGUGACACAGAUUGGUAUCAGCACUCACGGCAGUACACUCUUGGACAAGUCAUCACUAGCGCAUGCGUUUGUUAUUUGAUUUGUGACCUUAGACUGUUUUCUGAGUUGGAGAAGCGACAUUCAAGAGUCCACUGACAGACGUCGUUUUUUUCACAGCAACUCGUUCCACUAUUUUGCUUCUUGGUACACACAUUAACACGGCUAACGAUGCUAAUAGAAACAGUUCUAGCCAUUUCUAACCAUUGGGUUCAGUAGAAACCUUCAAUGCUCCCUGACGACACAUUUCCAUUCUGCCUCCCUUCUCCCUAAUUUCUCUUAUUUUUAUAUUUCUUCUUCUGCUUCUCUCUCUCUCUAUAUAUAUAUAAAUACCUUUGACCUGGGGAGGCCCAAACCUUAGCUGAUCUAGUGACAUGCUUUAGAAAUCUAGCUGAUCAGAGGGCCAGCGAUCCAAUAGGUCAAACUGAUCUUCUGUCUGACUGACAUAUCGCUGAAUGAAUGGGAUUCCAUGGCAGUUCCGGCCAUUUCCAAAGUGUGAAAAUGGCUAUGGACAUAGGGGAGAAUGAUUGUUUUUCAAAAGGAGAAAAUAUGUGAAGGUGACUCUCCAAUGUAGCAGUUACUAUGACAAUGGGACAUUGCUCAUCUAGACUGUCUGAACUGAGACAGGACCCUGCUGUCAGACAUCUCAGCGGUUACUUCCUGUCUCAGAGUAACUUCCUGUUGAGGGUUACAGGUGAUUUCCUGUAGUAGACCACUGUUUAAAAGGACACAUUUCAUUCUGUAAUAGUGCCUAAUUAGUUCAUACAGGCAUCUUCCAAUGUGAAAAGAAAUGAGAAAAUAUAUAAUUGCUUCUGUUGACAUUCAAAUGCUUGGAAACUGUUAUAGAAUAGAGGGAGUGUUUAUUUUAUAUUUGGUGUGUGUGUGUGUGUGUGUGUGUGUGUGUGUGUGAGGGGGGGGGGGGGUUGGUGGGUGGGUGGGUGUUUGAACAACUAAAACACAAUCUCUUUGUAAAGGAGGAGAAUAAAAAAAAAAGUGCAUUAUAGAUAUUUACUAUUUUAAGCGCCACACUGUAUUGUUGUCAGGUAGUUCAACCAUGUAGCUUUAUUAAUAUUGUUUACUACUGGGAGAGGUUACAGGGAUCAACGCACUGAAUGUAGCAAAAAUAAUAUGACAUGUACAGUAUAUGAACAUUAUCAAAUGAUAAUGCUCUAUAGUGGUGCCAAAAAUGGGGUGGACAGUAGCAGCCUUUAGAGUAUGGUUGGGAUGGGACCAGGGCCUAUUGGAAUAGUACUGUUUAACACGUGUGUGAUGUCUCUCCCUGAGCACAUUCUGAACACUGUGACCUUAGCCCAUCUUAACCAUCAAUAGUCCCCUUCCUCUGUCAAUACAACUCAACUCAAAUCAACCAAGUACUUUACUGAGUUAAUGCUUUAGUGCACACAUGCAUCCUGUAUAACAUUACCGAAGCAAUUCCAAUAUAAUUGAUCAUAGAUCCCAUGUUCGCUCCAGGCUCCUCAAACUCCCAGCCAACCAAUCUUCCUUUACUCUUCGUCCUUCACCUUCAUCUAUCACUCACUCGCUCUCUUCCUCCCUUCCCCAUCUGCUUGUCUUUCUCCUGCACUUGAGUCUCUGAGCCAUUCUGUGUUGUCUGGUAGGAUGACCUCUCUCUCCCCCCUUUGGCAUGCUGUGGGCUGAUGAUCAAUUGAGGCCGCCGCACCGCGAGUGUCUCAGCUAGCGAAAAAAGAAAACAAAUGAUGUAAGCAUCUAAAAAGCGCACUGUGUGCUGCUUUAUCAAGCGUUCAUCUCUAUUUAUCGGCUAAGUUGCUGCUGUUAUGUCAGACAGGUGUGUUUUGUGCGUGUCCCACCCUUCCCUUCUUUCCUUUCCCCGAUGACAGCCCAUCAUCCCUGUCGCUAUAGUGACAGUCAGUGUUUUUAUGGUCAGUUUCUCAGCUCCUGUCCACUCCCGAAACAUCAAACACAAUUGUCUGGUCUGGUCAUUCUGCAACAACACCAGUAUUAUUAACAACACUGCCCUGCUAGCCAUGAGUUCUCAUAGCAAUUGCCUUCCACAUAUAAUGUGUAGUAUACAGUAUGUCUGUUCUACUAUGUCGGCAAUGUCAGUCUCAUUCUAUCACAUAUACUAUGUACAUACAUCUGUUGUACUGUUUACAUUUGUCAAAAUCUGUCCAAUUCACCUUCCUUCUUCCUCCAUCGUCUCUAGAACACCUACCUGCUAGUCAUGAAGUCAGUGCCCUUGUCAUAUGUCACACUUUAAGGAUGACCGUAGUCAGAGGAGAAUGGUGGUUCAUUGACCUCAAUCUGGGCGGAGAUUUUCUGUGAUCACUCAUAGGGUGAAUGCGUGCAUAACUUGCAUAUGUAGCCUCUACUUAUGUCAAGAUGCAUACACUGUUUUGCGAAUAUUUAUAGUUUUGUUCGAUAUUGCACAACCGUAUACAUCAGAACAGUGUUAUGUCAGUUGUCAUGAGUGUCAAGUUUUUGUCAGACUGUUAUAAUAGGUUAUGUAGGCAUUAUGAUCACAUUGUGUAAUGUUCAUUUUAGUUUUGUAGCCUACUGUUUACCUCAGUUAUGUCCUGAUCCUACUAGCUGGUCUCCAACAGCAAGUUGAAUUAUGUAAAUGUGCAAAUGUAUUAAGUCUUUAACACAGAAACAAAUAAAAUGUUUAAUAUUGAGUA